UUGACGUCUCUGACUGCACAUAAACAUGCUCUCUACAUAGUCUUUGUAACCUCAGUCCCAAUAUUGAACAAAGUUUCAAAUCCAAAAACAAAAACCCAGUUAAUCGAAACUUAACCAUGUCAAUUCACUCAUCCAAACACUCCCUUAUCAUCUUCUUCAUCCUAAUCCAAAUUUCAUCCCCAAUUAUCAAAGUCCUCGCCAGAAACUCCCACGUCAUCAAUUUCCGAUCACCAAAUCUCUAUCCAGAAAGCCUCGCAUGGGACUCCAAAAAACAACACUUCCUCGUCGGAUCCCUUCAUCACCGCACAAUCUCAUCAAUCUCAGAUGCAGGAAUCGUCGAAACCCUAAUCACUGACACAUCCUUACCAGAAAAUGUCACCGUUUUAGGUCUAACCGUCGAUUCACGCAACAACCGUAUCCUCGCUGUAAUUCACGCUCUUCAGCCUCUUCCUCCUUUCAACGCACUCGCCGCUUAUGAUCUCAACUCCGGCAACCGUCUCUUCCUCUCGAUUCUUCCAUCCGAUGAACCCGCUCUUGCUAACGACGUUGCUGUUGAUUCCAACGGCAACGCUUAUGUAACAAACUCAAUCGGAAACUUCAUCUGGAAAAUCAAUGAUAAAGGAGAAGCAUCGAUUUUCUCCAAAUCGCGGAGGUUCACGGAACAUCCAGUGGACCGCGAUACACCGUAUAGUUUGUUUGGACUUAACGGAAUUGCUUACGUCAGCAGCGGUGGUUAUCUUUUAGUGGCGCAAUCCAAUACGGGCAAGAUUUUUAAGGUUGAUGUGGAUGAUGGUACUGUUAGGCACGUGCUUCUUAACAAAGAUCUCACGUGUCCUGAUGGUGUCGUUUUGAGAAGUGAUGGUGUCGUUUUGGUUGUUUCACCAGAAAUAAAUAAGUUGUGGCUUUUAAAGAGUAAUAAUGGAUGGGGGGAAGGUGUGGUUUAUGACGAAAUUGACCUUGGUGAUGAUGAAGGGUGUCCUACUUCUGUUGUUGCUAGGGAGAGGGAUAAGAUGUAUGUUUUGUUUGGGUAUAUGAGAGAGGGUAUUUUGGGAAAAGUAGAAAGGGAGAAUUUUAGAAUUGAGGAGAUUAAGUCACCUAAGGAAAGUGAAGAUGAGAAUAUUUGGAUUUAUGUUAUGAUUGGAUUUGGGUUGGUUUAUUUCUUGUAUUGGAGGUUUCAAAUGGGUCAGCUUGCGAAGAAUAUGAAUAAGAAGAUCAAUUGAGUGUUUAUAUGUUUGAGGUAGUUUGUAUUUUUAAUCCCAACAUGUUUGGUAUAGGUGUAGCUUAAUUAUGUUUGUAUUUAUGUUAGGUUUCUUAGGAGUGAAAAUUGUAUCAUUUUGAUGAUUUGUACCAUACUCUUAAUAAGAGUUUAAGGUGGUUCUUAAUUCUAA